AUGCGUGUUAUCUUUGAAUCUGUUCUCCCAUGGCUCCUGGCACGCGACCACGUCGGCCGCUCGCACCCGCUGUUCCUGAAGGAACGGAGCCAUCAGUCGGAUAUAGCCAAGCCCACCACUAUGAUUGCCCAUCUCGUCAACAUCGAGCAUGUCGAGACAAUGACUGUUCCCGUGACAAAAGACUUCGUCGCCAUGUCAUCGCUGCUUUAA